AUGGGACGCGCGCGCGAGUACUUCGUCGAUAAAGGACUCACCCCGACGGACGUCGUUCCGGCGUUCGUGUUUCACGAGGUGAUAUCCGUGGCGUUCGCGGCGUCGACGUGGAUCGCGGCGUACGCGAUCGAACCGUCGCGGACGGUGCUGAAGCCGCUCGCGAAGACGAAGGUGGCCGAGAAGGCGGCGCCGCUGUUUCGGAAGACGCUCGCGGCGGCGGCGAAGCAGACGGCGAAAGCGACGACGCGCGUGCCGGCGCUGCGAGCGGCGAACGCGGAGAGAUUGACGCUGUCGUUGGCGGAGUCGCUGUUUUUCCGGGGAUGCAUCAAGCCCAUCACGUUCGGGGGGAAACUUUGGUUGUCGUAUCAGUUCAUCGUUUGGACGAAAACCGUCGGACGAAACGCGGCGAAGCCGUUGGCGAGCGCGAGCGCGCGCAUGGGCGCGAAGAGGGAUCGCGCGCUCGGGAUCGCGUUGAAGACGGCGUGA